CAAAUCUCCCCUCACGGGCCUCAGGUCUCACCUUCACCUUCUGCUGCUUCUUCAUUUCUAUUUUUAAUCAGAAAAUAUAUAUUAAUAUUAAUAUUACAAUGGGAAGAGGAAAAUUCAAGGGCAAGCCCACCGGUCACCGCCAUUUCUCCACUCCUGAAGAGCUCCGUGCUGGUACCUCUGCUCGUCCCCGUACUUUUAAGAAGGAAGAAGCCGAAGUGGAGGAAGAAGAAGAAGAGUCUGAAGAGGAAGUAGAAGAAGAGCCCGAGAAACGAAAGGGUACUCAAGGGCUUAUUGAGAUUGAGAAUCCAAAUCUGGCCAAACAAAAGAAUGUCAAAGCUAAAGAUGUUGAUAUGGGAAGAACAACUGAACUAUCAAGGCGUGAAAGAGAGGAAAUAGAAAAGCAAAAAGCACAUGAACGAUAUAUGAAGCUGCAGGAACAAGGGAAAACUGAACAAGCAAGAAAAGAUUUAGAGCGCUUAGCCCUGAUACGACAACAAAGGGCAGAAGCUGCUAAGAAGAGAGAGGAAGAGAAGACCGCGAGAGAACAGAAGAAAACUGAAGCUCGCAAAUAAUCCAGGUUGAUUAAAAUCUGUGAUCAGUUUCUCUCUUUAUCUUCUAUAUUGACUUCUGCAUUUGUAUAUUGAGCUCUUAUCCCAUAAAAAAAGGAGUUUGGAAUCUGAUUGUUGGAUAUUCUAAAACAUAAAUGUAUACUUUUGGAACAUCUCAAGUUACUUGCUUGCUUGUC